UUCAACUCCUAUAAAGAUCUUGAAGACUGGUUAAAAUGUUUAUCAAUCAUCUUCAGGCCAUAUGCAUCUCUGCGCGUCAUUGGGACCACGCAUGAAAAUCGAUCUAUUUACGUGAUGGUCGUCAACCCACAAGGCCCCACCACGAAUGCUAUGUGGAUCGACGGAGGCAUGCAUGCAAGAGAAUGGCUCUCGACAGCUGUCGCUCUGGUAGUGCUAUAAACACUGAUUAUUAAGUGCACUUAAAAUGACGAAAACACCUUGAAAAAUAAAUGGUUCGUGGCACCUUUAGUUAACCCUGAUGGAUAUGAAUUCUCUAGAACUCAUGACAGAUUGUGGAGGAAGAACCGAUCACCAAAAAUAAAUGACGACCGUAGAGAGAUUUGCACUGGAGUUGAUUUAAAUAGGAAUUUUGGAUUCCAUUGGGGAGAAGUGAGUAAAGGAAAAUUGCCAUGUACCGAGGAUUAUCAUGGAGAAAAAGCUUUUUCGGAACCGGAAACUCGAGCAAUAUCUUAGUUUUUGACGGAACAUAAAAACUAAAUUCGUGCAGUUGUGAGCCUGCACACUUACGGAUAGAUGAUAAUCUAUCCCUGGGAUUACACAGGAGAACGACGAGAAACGUAUCGGUGUGUUAACAGUCUUGCAUAUCAAAUGUCUAUGUAUAUGAAGUUGGCUAACCAGCGCGACUAUCGAUACGGACAAACCCACGAAAUUUUGUACCCAGCUUCAGGGACGUUUACUGAUUGGGUUGUUGGAAGUUUGGGCAUAAAUUUGGCUUACGUUAUCGAGCUCCCUGGCGAAGGUGGCAGAGGGUUUUUGGCUUCCCCGACCGACAUCAUGCCUACUGCUAAAGAAGUGCUUUUUGCUUUGAAACCUCUAUAGGUGGCAAUGUAUGUGUCACCCUGUGAUCCCUCAAGAUUUGAUUUUUAAAGAAAUAAUAGAAGAACGUGGACCUACGACGUAUUUAAACCAAAGGAAACGGCCGAAAAUUCAUGGCAUGGCUUGGGUGACACCGAAAUGAUAAUGGAAGAUGCAGUUGAUGGUUUGAUGUCUAGGGACAGAAAAUUACGUUUACACGACAAACCAGUGACCAUACGAGAGAGCUUUUCAAGAAAUAAUCCGUCGGUCCAUAAUAUUCAAAUUGUUACCGAAACCCCACAUGGAAGAUACAAAAUGAGAAACUUUACUUCUAAACUUGGUAACCAUAUUUUGAUUUGCUUCAACUGCACCAAUUUUAUUGACAAUAGUCACGACGGUGCAACUUAUUCACAAUAAAGAUCGCAUGACGUUCCAUCUAAUGAAAAACCUAAUAUAAAUAAAAAAGGCGUGAAAAAGACGGAAGAAAAGAAAGUUUCGCAGUACAAAUUUUAAAAGGAGGAAGUUACUACGAAAGUGACAAAACGCAAGGAGCCAGUCAAAGAAAAAUUCUCCAAUCACACAAAGGAACCUGUUAAAGGAGCCGGUCAUACUGAAUUGCACUCAAGUUCGGUUUCGCAGUCAAAGAUGCCGAAUGAGAAACCGGGCUAAGAAACACCAAAAUAUCACAACGGUGAAAAUCCAUUGAAAUCUGAAGGAUAGAAUAAAGAACCUGACAAUGACGAACAUCGAAGGCUGCAAAAUAGUCAAGUCGGUGCGCAUGAAACAAGACAAGGAAAUGAACCCUCUAACUCCGGACGUAAUAAACUUAAAACGUACCAUAACACAACGUAGAAAUAUAGUUACGAAAAGGAAACGAGAGCAACAGAAAUUCACGCAAAAUCUCCCGGUGGUCAUGGCCAUCCGUUCAACACAAGUUCGAACGUAGCUGCGAGAAAUGGUGGUCACCGACAUCGACACCGAAGGAGGCCAGGCCGAAAAUGGAAGUGUAUGAAAUGGAAACGUCGGCACAAUCAUACAAAUGUUGACAAAACUUCUCAGUAGUAAAGUAAAGAGAAUGGCGCCGAUGACCCAUUCAUGCAAAAUGGCUAAUUUUAACCUGAAAAAACGGACCAAACAACCGAUAUUCCCGAUUUAAAUUCGCCUGCUCACGAAAAGAGGAAGCAAUAUCAUGCGACGAACUCGAAGAAAAAUUCUGCAACAAAUUUCGGGACGUAAUCCUAAAAGAUUAGAAACGAGAAGUAAAAGCAUAGAUUCAGGAAGCAUAAGUUACACAGGAGUUCUAAUGAAGAACCUGAAACCAUGUCAAAGCAGCACGAAAAAAGCACAAGGCAUCACUGGUCAGACAGAAGAUCGUUUCAUCAGAACUCACUUCGUUGAUCGGAUUUGAGUUACAUCGUUUGUAGUGUCUGAUAUGCCUUAUUUGAGUUAGAAGUUUUUUAUAGUAAGCGAAAUCUCAACACCCCUUGGAUUACAUUAUGAACAGCCGAGAAAUUGCAUCACUGAGAAAAGGAACUGUUGAUUAUGAUUUUUCGUUAGCUGUAUGAAAUUUUUUGAAAGAUGGAAAACGUGCCUAGUGUUUGUUGCGUAAAUUAGGAAUUAACUUUGUUUAUAAUAUAAAUACUCUCGUUGAAAUUAGCAGCACAUAAGGAGGAUAAUCUUUCAAAAACGGAGAUAUACAUAUAUUCUGUUAGU